AUGACAGUGGUUGUAAUUAGGAAUUCAUUUUUAUGUCAUUCUGAGAGUGACUACCGUUGCAAUAAGAAUCCUGAUAAUUCUAAAUCCCUUGUAAAGGAGAAUAUUCCUUUACAGGAACGAAAUUUUAUCAAUAAGUAUAUCCAAUUUCAUACGGUUGAUGAUAUGACCACAAUUUAUCAAGAUGGAGAAAUGAACAAUAUUAUUUUGUACAAAGGGAUUAAAACAACAAGAGAUUUCAACACUGCAGGGGGUAACACAACAACAAAAAACCCCUCAAAUCAAAAUGACAAUUCAUUUCAUUCAGAGUACCGUUUGUUAUCUGUUAUUAAAGAAUCAUUGGAUAUAAAUGGAAACAACAAUUAUGUGUUUUAUACACUUCACUUCCCUUGUUCAAGUUGCUUUACAGAUAUUGAAAAUUUUUAUAAACAAUUUCAACAACAAUCAGAAAGCAAAGAACUAGACAUAUCUGCAAAGAAACCUAGCUAUAUACACUCUAAUUUUCCUCCAUUGGAUCAACCUAAAAAAAAAUAUUUAGAUAUUAAUCAUCCUUCCAAUCCUCUCACACCUAGAAAUUUUAAAAUGGGAGUUUGGGGUACUUCAAAUUUGGAAUUCAUCCCUAAAGAAAAGAACCAUAUUCAAGAUCUAUUGUUGUUAUUUUCUUUUCAAUGGGAUCAAGACUGGGAGCAUUUUAAAUUGAUAAAACAAGCUGAUUCUAAUAAUUUUAAAGUAGAAAUAGUUGGUGGAAAAGUGUCAAGAGAUGAUUUUCGAUCAAUUGAACCAUGGAAUGCUUUUUUGAAAGAUAAAACAACCCCAGAAGAAACAAAAGAAUUUGGGGAAAUAUUAAGUAGUAGCCGAGUUUAUGACGAAGAAAAUCUAAAGGGAUAG